AUGAAAGCCAAUUUUAGGGACAUGAUACAACCCGCUAAAAAUGACUAUAUCAACGGUUUUUCAGGUUCGGAUGUUCGCGGAAAUGAGAAGCGUAACGAUUUCUUAAGAGAUAUUAUGCACUUUGGCAAGCGACCAGCUGGUGACUUCGGCAGUUAUCCCGCAGUCAGCCACGUUUUACUUUUGAGAAUACUGUUUUUCACAGGAUUUGAAAGAGAGAUUAUGUCAUUUGGCAAGCGAUCAGAUGGAUUCGAUAGAGAAAUGAUGAGCUUUGGGAAAAGAUUUGAUCAUCGAAUCUCGCCGAUCGAUGGACGUCAAUUCUCGGAUUUCAACCGGGACAUGUUGGCGUUCGGUAAACGGGAUGACUUCGAGCGUUCGAUCAUGUCCUUCGGACGAAGAAGAAGGUAG